AUGCUUAGCAAUAUUUGUAUCAUUGAAAUUAUUGUUAAUAAUGUUAUUGUGUUUUGUGUCGUCAUAUCUGUCCUUUGUGAUACGUUAUUUAUUUGUUCAACAACAACAAACAACAAACAACAACAAACAACAAACAACAAACAACAAACAACAAACGACAACACAACAAACAACAAACAACAAACACAAACAACAAACAACAAACAACAAACAACAAACAACAAACAACAAACAACAAACAACAAACAACAACAACAACAGCAAUAG